GUGGAAAAAAAUAAAAAGGGAUUUUCGCUGAUGAAGUGGUUCUGGUUCUGGCUAUAAGUUUGUAAAGUUUAUAAUAAUUAAAUACGCGUUUAUAUCGAAAUUUGUACUGCCGACAAAACUUACGUGACAGUGUCAAUGGAAUAGAAAAUUGCACUAGCUACUUCCUUCUACAAAAUACUGCAUUGAAAGUUGAAGCCGUGACAAUAGCCACAUCGUAAUAACGGGAUUUCUUGAAGGAACAAGUUAGAUACUUGAAAAUCACAAAAUGUGGUUCUCGAAAGAUGUUCACAGAAUACUGAUUGCCGUAGUGCUGGUUCUGGCGGUUAGCUUGCCGCUGGUUGUGCAAUCGGCCUCUAUAGGAAAUAACCAGGCUACUCCAGGAACGAUCCUAGGGAACAAAACAGAGAUCAAGGUUGCUAUUGCCGACCGGGCAUAUUUACAGGAUAAAACCAAGUUCAAGUUUUUGCAAUCAUGUGAAGGAAAUGUUGCAAUAGAUAAUCAAUUGAUAUGUCAACUGUAUAUGGAUCUUACUACGACACUAGCUGAACGAGAAGAAAUACGAGUUUCCGUAAUCGAAAAAAUGCUGUCGGAAAAACAAGAAUCAACCAUUUGCGGCAAUCUCUCCGAUAUAAUCCAAAAGAUCAAUGAUCUAGAUGCAAACACAGAUUUUGCAAGCGAGCCAGAACAGAACAAACGAAAACGACUGGCAAAUAAGGGAAUUUGUAUGCUAUCAUGUACCAGGAUGGUAAAUGAAACCGACGUAGAAGUGAAACCGAUUUGCCGAAUGUUGCUGUGGGGUUUCCAGCAGCUGUUAUCCUCGGAGAUAAAACUUUCAGAGAGUACAAACGAUAGUCCAGUGAAGUUGGAACAAGAGGAGAAACAACACGAGGAACAAGAGGAGAAACAACACGACGACUUGAAGAAAACUGUGAAUGAUACCAUCAAAAGUGGAAUUCAUGGCCAAAAUGUAAAUAGUAUUCCACUUAACAUGAAUGAAACUAAUAGAGAAGUGUCCAAUAAGGACGUGAACGCGCAAAAAGCAAAUCCUACCGGUAAAUCCCUGCCUUCGUUAGAGGCAUCGAAGGUUACUCCAUCGAACGAUGAGACGCAGGAGGAUGAUCAGAUGGAUAGCAUGGAGGACGAAAAAGACAAGGAGAAUAAUGAAAAUAUAGUAAACGAAACGCUCGACACGCAAAGAAGAGAAGAUGACAUUGGUGAUGACCCAACCGAAGACCAGAAUAACGAAUUUGGAGAUGAUCCUGUAAAUGAGCCCCAACCACAGCCGCAACAACCGAAGCCGCUGCCUGGAUCGAAUGACAACAAUCUGGAUGAAGUCCAAUUGGAAGAGAUUCACGAGGAUCCAUUUUUCGAAGAAAGUGAUUCGAACUUCUUUUCAUAUUUUUUGCUUCUUAUGUUUGCUUGUAUUGCUUGCUACGUUGCGUAUCACAACAAAACAAAACUUAUUGCCCUGCUACUGGAAGGCCGAAGAACUAAUUCCAGCCGAGGAGGGUUCAGCAAAGGGCGUAAGCACACAGCGGCUUAUCGAAAACUGGAUUCAAAUCUUGAAGAAGCGAUUACGUCUAGUGCGGCGACAAACAGUCGCUCGCCAUCGCAGAUCAUCUAUUAGACGGUUAAUGGCUUUCCUUCUUGGGUAAAGCCAAAACUAUGGGAAACAGGCAAAUGUUUUCCACGAAUUUAGCCAGGUUUAGGUUUGUAAUGCAAAACAUAUCACCAGCUUUGCUUUCGUUUCAUGUGCAAUCAUCACAUAGUGCUGUCUAACCACGAAUCAUAUUCUUGAUUGCCUUACCAUCAAUCACAUAAUAGCUCUCGUGUAUUUAUUAGUUUGCAUUAGAAAAAAAAAAGAUUUCUUGUGUUUGUUCUAUCGAAUACGUGAUACACAAACAUGCUACACAAGAAUAGGUAUUAUACCACGCAAGCCUUCAAUAGGGUUCGAACCGUGAGUGAUGAAAUUAGCGAUAUAAUUUUAUGCAUUAACAACCGUUGUAUGCUCAAGAUUUUGUGUCUUCAUUUGGAUAUCACCUGCUCAGUUGAUGCUAGCCGUCACAUCAAAAGAGCAAUCAAAAUGUACAUAAACAUAUAGAAGAUAAUUCGCUGCUGGAUGUAAUUCCUAUGAUGUCGUUAGUAGGAAUGUUCUGUUCUUCGGUGAAUUCGUCUGCGUUGCGUGAUUCCUUAGGUUAUAAAG